AGCGGCUCUCGGCCUCGGCCUUGUGUGUGAAGCGGCUCUCGGCCUCGGCCUUGUGUUUGAAGCGGCUCUCGGUGUUUCUGCUGAUGUGAACGAGGAACCACAAUUUCAGACUAAGGAAUUGUCCAUUUAAGAUGGAGACGACGAUGAGAAAUGUUUCGGAAAGGCAAGAAACGCCACAGCAGCAGCAGUUCUCAAGGCAGUGAGAUCAGCACGAAGAGCAAGUCAGUAGAUUCCAGUCUGGGUGGCCUGUCAAGAUCCAGUACGGUGGCUAGCCUUGACACAGAUUCCACAAAGAGUUCAGGUCAGAGUAACAGUAACUUUGACACGUGCAAUGAAUUCCGAGUGAAGUAUUUGGGUGCUAUCGAAAACUUAAAAGCCAGUUUAGUCGAAUGUCUUCAAGGACCACAAGAUUUGAUUAAUUAUAUUGAUUUGGCACAGCAAUAUGGAAAGCUACCAUUUACUCCAUCAGAAGAGGAGUGUAUUUUGUGCGUUUCUAAAUAUGGUAUCAAAGUUGCAUCCUCUGAUCAGUUUGACAUUUUGCACAGGCAUCCAUUGUAUUUAAUAGUGCGAGUGAUCUGUUAUGACGAUGGGCUCGGGAUGGGAAAAAGCCUCCUUGCUAUAAAAACCACCGAUGGAAACCAGACAGAGUACAGUAUCUGCCUGUAUCAAUGCAAUAGCUUGGAACAAGCUCAAACAAUCUGCAAAAUUCUAUCCACUGCUUUCGAUUCAGCACUUUCAUCAGAUAAAUCCUGAUAAUUGCCUAAAAUAUCAUUAUUUUUUCUAAAUUAGGAUUCUAACAUGACAUACACUCUGGUUUAUUCCUUGUUGCAAUCACAACUGCUGCUGUUUGUCUGUGAAGGAGUGACACAUUUUAUAGUUUGAGACCUGCAGAUUCCAGCAUUCAUGUUUUUAGCAAAACUAAAAAUAAUGGACUUCAACAACAAAAAUAAUCCCUAAUUUUGGUUAAUAUAGUACACACAAUCUUCAAUGCCGAGUGAUUACUGUGGCAAUUGUCUGCAUAGUAAUGAAGUAGAUAUGAUUUAUCAAAAAUAAGAUUGUCACCGAAAUGUAACUAAACCAUGAACAUUUGUAUUGGAAACUUGCUUAUUAAAUAUGGAACUGUGACAUUUUCAUUUGGCUUUUGUAAUCUUAGAUUGAGCAUUAUACCAUGCAAUGUUAUGGAAUAUCAGCAUUAAUAGUAAUAACUUCCAUAUGUACAUUAAAUAUGAACUUUUUAAGCCAAAAAUCAAAUAUUGUAGGUUAAUGUUAUCCAAGUAAUGACAUUGUAUGUCUGCAACAAAGUGUUCCCUGCUUAUUUAUAUACAGUUUGAGUACAAUGUGUUAUCAAAUUGAAACUGCAAUAAAACAAAUACAGAAAA